GUCGCCGCCGCGUGCCGUCACCGCGCGUGCCGCCCCCGCAGACGUCAUCGCCCUCUGCCCGCUUCCAAGAUGGCGGCGGCGGGCAGCCUGCGGCGGGCGGGCUGGGGGCUGUGGCGAGGCCGCGCGGUGGUGAGGUGGCAGCCCUGCCCCCUCCAGCGUGCUCUGCAGGCCUCAGCCGUGCUGAGGAGCAGCUCUGGUGGGCAGCAGAAGGAACCUUUUGCCUCUUCCUCUCAGUUUGAGUUGCACCCAAACGAUUACCAGCCCGAAGGGGAGCCCCGGGGCCCCCACCCCAGCUGCAGUGGCCAGGGGGAGCAGGAGUCUGAGGACUGUGAGAGCGAGGAGCAGCUGCAGCAGCGCAUCCUCUCGGCGGCGCUGGACUUCGUGCCUCGGCUGGGCUGGACUGCAGAGGCCGUUGCAGAGGGAGCCAAGAGCCUGGGGCUCUCUGUGGCUGCUGCAGGGAUGUUCCACAGCGAUGGCAGCGACCUGGUCCUGCACUUUGUGUCUCAGUGCAACACCAGACUGGCUGAGCUGCUGCAGCAGGAGCAGAAGCAGGUGCAGCUGGGUGAAGCACAGAGGAAGCCUGUGGAUCAGUUCCUGAGGGAUGCUGUGGAGGCCAGGCUGAGGAUGCUGAUCCCCUACAUUGAGCAGUGGCCCCAGGCUCUGAGCAUCCUGCUGCUCCCUCACAAUGUCCCUGCCAGCCUCAACCUCCUCACCAGCAUGAUUGAUGACAUCCUGCACUAUGCUGGAGACCAGGCCACAGAUUUCAACUGGUACACGAGGAGGGCAGUGCUCACUGCCAUCUACAGCACCUCAGAGCUGGUGAUGCUGCAGGACUCCUCCCAGGACUUCCAGGACACUUGGCACUUCCUGGAGAGCAGAGUGGCUGAUGCCAUGAGCAUGAGCAGCACAGCUGAGCAGGUGCAGUCCACUGGAGCAGCAGUUGUGCAGGGCCUGAUGGGAGCUGCAGUGACUAUGCGCAACCUGGUGGGGCUGAACCAGCGCCGGUGA